GAGGCCCUGAUAGACAAGGCAGAAGAGUUCAGUGGAAGGACUACCAUGCCUUCAAUGGUGCCUACCUUCCAAGGAUAUGGAGUGGGUUUUUCCAGUGGAGCACGCUGGAAGGAACUGCGCCGGUUCUCCCUCACCGUCCUGAGGAGUUUUGGAAUGGGGAAAAAGUCUAUUGAAGAGCGAAUCCAAGAGGAGGCCCAAUUCCUGGUGGAGGAAUUUCGGAAGACAAAGGCAGCAGAAAUCCUGUUGAUGCAUAGAUGGAAUACAACAACUAUUGGUUACAAAAUGGUUUCUCUCUUUGUGCAGUUCUAUGACAUCUAUUCCAACUACCUGAAUUACAUUCCGGGAAUCUACAGUAAGAUCUAUGAUUGCAUGGACAUAAAGCUCUUCAUUGCCAAGAGAAUCAAGAAGAACCAGGAGACCUUGGACCCUAAUUUCCCACGUGACUAUAUUGAUUGCUUCCUCAUCCAGAUGGAAAAGGAAAAAGACAAUCCAGGCAGUGAAUUUAUUAUGGAGAACUUGGUGGCCAGCAUUCUUAGUCUGAUCUUCGGAGGAACAGAGACAGGCAGUUCCACCUUCAGAUAUGGCUUCCUGCUUCUGAUGAAAUAUCCUGAAGUGCAAGAAAAAGUGCAUGAGGAAAUUGAUCGAGUCAUUGGCCCUAAUCGUGUUCCGAACAUUGAAGAUCGGCGACAAAUGCCAUAUACAGAUGCCGUGAUCCAUGAAGUGCAAAGAUACAGUGAUGUCAUUCCUAUGAAUGUGGCCCACAUGGUCACUCGUGACACUGAAUUCAGAGGAUAUCAUAUCCCUAAGGGGAUGAUGGUCUUGCCAUUGCUGAGCUCUGUCUUGCAUGACCCUACUAUGUUUAAAUACCCCAAUGCUUUCAACCCAGAGAACUUCUUGGAUGAGUAUGGAUGCUUCAAGAUGAAUGAUGCCUUUGUGCCUUUUUCCUCAGGGAAACGGAUCUGUCUGGGUGAAUCCUUAGCCCGCAUGGAGCUUUUCCUCUUCUUCACCACCAUCCUGCAGAAUUUCCAAUUGAAGUCCCUUGUGCCCCCCGAAGAUAUUGACCUCACUUUUCAAGAAAGUGGCUUUGCCAACAUCCCACCCUUUUACCAGCUCUCUGUCAUCCCACGCUGACCCUGAGGUCCCUUUCUCCUUCAGCCUGGGACAUUUGCAGAAGCUGCAUUGACAGACUCUGCAAGGAGAAGGAAGGGCACUCCCUCUGUUUUCUGACUCAUAAACAGGGCUGAUUAAAGACAAAUAAAUAGAUGACUUCAGGA